CAAAUAAAUAGACAGACAGACGACGGAGAAGUGAUCCUUUUAUGUCGCCACUACUCUCAAGAGGUGUCACAAAAAUGUUUUAUCCCCCUACUGUAACCUUUACCUUUGAGUUAAGAGCCUGAGACAUCAUCUACUUAAAGUGGUCAUAAUGUAGCAGUUUAUUUUAAAAUCCCAUCAAGAAUGCACAAGUUAUGAAUCGGGCACAAUGAGUGAAUGUAAAUUUCUUCUAACACAUACACAUGUAAUGUAACUAUUAAAACAGCUGAUUUUUAAGUUUGUGAAUUACCUUAUUGUGAACAAUGGGACCAUUUUAAUAUAAAAAAAAAAAUUUUUUAAAAAAAAGAUCCAUAGUUCACACAGGUUGACAGCAUGUACAACUUUUGGUUUACCAUCCUAAAUCAGGGAUUGACAUUUAAUACAGCCAAAUAAAAAACAGAAAUAUUUCAUUAUACAUGAUACAUAUGUGUAUAAUGUAGAUUGUAUACACCUGCAAGAUGAAAUAAAAAGUUAUAUUUUCACCUGAACCAAAGAAAGUUUAAAAAUCUCAUUCACUAUGAUAUAUUUAUUCAUAAUUCAUAUUGUUUAUUAACUGUAAAGAAUCAAUAAACAAAUAUCUUGUUAAAGGUCAUCUUUUAGCACCUUGUAGAUAGCAUACGUAAGUUUCAGCAUGGCUGUUAUAGUUUAUGCAAAUGAAGAGAAACGAGGAGGAGCUUAUAUCAAUGAUGUCAGUAACAAGGAGGAGCUAAUAUUGAUGAUGUCAGUAGGAAAUUUGACUGACCAUAUAUAAACCCUUAUGAGACCUUUCUGCAACAAAAGUGCCUUAGGUACACUAAGAGUUGAAAUCUUAUCAGAAAAUUAUAUUGGAGCCGUGAUCCAGACAUUCCGUCGCAAUACAGUGGAGAAAGCAGUUUGGAAAAAAAGAAAAACAAUGGCAUCGAUGUUUUUACUCAGUUUAUUACUCUUGACCAGUACUUUGUACAUGGUGAAGUCGGAGGAUGAAGAAGUUAUAUACUGCGCAGUAUGUUUAUUCCAUUUUCUCAAACCAAAGCACUGUGACUGCAGUUAUUAUCAUCAUCGAUGGUCAACGAUGAACUUCAAAGAAGAAAAUUCACCUGCUUUACAGGAGAGCAGAAGACAAAAAGUCAGGCAUCAGAAACAGGUACAAAGACAUCAGCGCCUCUACUUUAUCGGAAAAUGAUUGGUCAAAAACUGGACAUGAGCA